CUCCUCGGAUCCGCCCCAAACGGCAAUGUUAAGCCAAUCGCCAAAACCCGAUUCCAAGCGCAGCCAGCCAGCCAGCUACGUAGUGAUGUAGCCAAGCUCCAAGCCGAAGCUCUGAGAGCCGAACCCCCCUCUCUCCCAGAUAGCGCACGCGACCUCGUACUCACUUCCUUCCUCCUUCGUUUGCGUCGCAUCCGCAAGAGUCAUCACAGCAGCAAGCACAAGCACUGGCAUGGCAACCUUUGAGGAACGACUGCGUCAAUGGCAACAGCCGCCGCCGCCAGCGAGCCCGAACCCCAGCCCGAGCUCGCUCCCGCUGCCACUCCCGACCGCGCCCGCACCCUCGCUUCGCUCCUCACCGUCGUCCAUCACAUCCGCCGACGACGACGCCUCGUCCGACCACACGAUCUCGACGCACCUCGAGCCGAUCCGCACUGUUCCGAGCCGGCCCCGAAGCCAAUUCCAGUACGAGUUCUUCGACGAUGACGAAGAAGCUGAGAACGGGGAAAAACUGCCGCCGACAGGGAUCUUCGGCCCAGCUCGCGCGCAGCUGAAUUGUUUCUGGAGAAACCACAUCUCCGUCGUUGUUCCAGGGGCGGACGCACGUGACCAUCUCGCCCUGGAGCGAACCUACCUCUCCUACCACCGCACGUCCCUCGCUUUAGCGCUUCUCGCCGUAAUAGUCGCACAACUCCAGAUCCUGCAGCACUCGCCCAACCCCGACCCCGUGUUUGGCUUCUACGCUCUCGGAAAACCUCUGGCCGUCGGACUGAUCGUGUGCGCGAUCUCCAUCAGCCUGCUUGGGUGGGUGCGGUGGUGGCAUUGGCAGCGCACGCUACUGCGCGGGAAGGCGCUGGCGGGUGGGCCAGAGCUCGCAGCGGUGGGGGGGAUUGGCGCGCUGGUCAUUGUCGCGUUCCUCGGAAUGGUAGCGGCGGUCGAUAUUAGGAAGAGUUAUUUUACCAGGCAUGAUGAUACGUGAUGGAGGGGAAGGGAAAGAGGAAUACGAUAAUGCUUGGAUUAGAGGGAGGGGAAGGGAAAGAGGAAUA